AUGUCAAGGUCGACAACACCUGCAUUGCCUCUGCAUAAUGCACCCAAAAUCGAAACACCGCAACCUUCAGCGACCGACCUUCUAGGCGGCCGGCCAGAUGCUCCCUCAUCGGCUUCAACCUCCACAUACUCUUGGCUCGAGCCCUAUGAGACCGCCGAACGACUUCACACCUCCCUCCACCACGGCUUAACCCCCGCAGAAGCUGAGAUCCGUCUUGCUCGUGAUGGCCCCAAUGAACUUCCCCAUGAGGAACCUGAGCCACUGUGGUUGCGGUUCCUCAAGCAAUUCAAGGAAACUCUGAUCCUCCUCCUCCUUGGCUCGGCCGGUAUCUCAUUUGUGAUGGGCAACUACGAUGAUGCUAUAAGUAUUACCCUUGCAGUCACCAUUGUCGUGACCGUCGGCUUCGUUCAGGAGUAUAGGUCGGAGAAAUCGCUGGAGGCACUCGGUCGACUCGUUCCGCACUUUGCCCACCUCAUCCGUGAUUUGCCUUCGAGGACGACCGCGGCUGAUCAGAGUCCUGGCACGGCAUCCGCUGCGCUCAAGGCAUCCACCACGGUCCCCGCUGCCGAUCUGGUGCCAGGUGACCUAGUACUGUUCUCUACAGGAGACCGUAUCCCCGCAGAUAUUCGCAUUACUCACGCAACCCAUCUUACAAUCGACGAAUCGAAUCUGACCGGUGAAAACGAGCCGGUGGUGAAGUUCAGCGCGGCACUUCGUCACCAUACCCAUGGUGGGACUCUCGCAGCUCCCAGCGCCAUCCAGCCUCCUCGAUCGCCAUUCUAUGAUGCCCCCGCGUCAGGGGCCGUUGGUGCCGAUAUUCGUCUCAAUGAGCAACACAACAUUGCAUUUAUGGGUACACUUGUGCGCUCAGGCCAUGGUCACGGCAUCGUUAUCUCAACCGGGGCCAAGACCGAGUUCGGAAGUAUCUCGAUCUCUCUGCAAGAGAUUGAAAGUCCGCGAACCCCGCUACAACUGUCCAUGGAUCGGCUUGGCCAAGAACUGAGCUAUAUUUCGUUCGGUGUCAUCGCUCUGAUUGUUGUGAUUGGUCUCUUCCAGGGCCGUAAGCUCCUUGAAAUGUUUACUAUUGGCGUCUCGCUCGCAGUGGCAGCCAUUCCCGAGGGUCUGCCGAUUAUUGUCACUGUGACUCUUGCUCUUGGUGUGCUGCGUAUGGCCAAGCGGGGAGCCAUCAUGCGCAGGCUUCCCAGUGUCGAGACCCUCGGCUCUGUCAAUGUUGUCUGCAGUGACAAAACCGGUACUCUCACCCUCAACCAUAUGACUGUUACAAAGAUGUGGCAUUUCGACUCAACCGAACCCUUUGAGGUUCAGCGCGAUAUGACUUCAGUCCUCUCCCCGGUCCAGCUGCCCGUACCAUUCUCCGGCGCAUCGUCCGCGGCAGUGCUAUCUUCCACCUUAGACCGGAAUUCUAGUGCUGUCAAAAGCCGCUGGGUGGGGCAGCCAACUGACGUUGCCAUUCUGGAUCUAUUGGACGCUCUCGGAGAAGAUGAUGUCCGUGAGCGUAUCAGUGCCCGUGUAUCCGAGACUCCCUUUAGCUCCGAGCGAAAGUGGAUGGGUGUUAUCAUUGGUAGCGGUAGCCCCGGUGAUUCUGAUGUUGCCUAUAUUAAGGGCGCUCUGGAACAGGUUCUGGCUCGCUCAGACACCUACUUGACCAAGGAUGGCCGAGAGGUUAUUCUUGAUGAGCCCCGUCGUAAUAUUAUUCGCCAGGCUGCAGAGCAUAUGGCCAGCGAUGGCCUCAGAGUUCUUGCAUUUGCCAGCGGUGCGGUGCGAAGCUCGUCGAGAGGCAUGAAAGGGUUCAACAGCCGUUCCAACACGCCCAAGGGCAGCCCUGCCGAUGAUGAUGAUCGCUAUAAUGGACUAGUCUUUGCCGGCCUUGUCGGUAUGAAUGAUCCUCCUCGUCGGGAUGUGCACAAAUCAAUCCGUCGUCUGAUGCACGGUGGUGUGCGAGUCAUAAUGAUUACCGGUGACGCGGAGACCACCGCGGUAGCUAUUGCGAAGAAGCUUGGAAUGCCGGUCAACGAAGGCGCCGGCGCACGUUCAGUCAUCCGCGGUGAUGAACUUGAUCGCAUGACCAUGGCCGAACUCACACAGGCGAUCGCGACAACUUCCAUUUUCGCCCGAACAAGCCCAGACCACAAGAUGAAGAUUGUGACUGCUCUUCAGUCUCGAGGUGAUGUUGUUGCCAUGACCGGUGAUGGUGUUAACGAUGCACCCGCUCUGAAGAAGGCCGACAUUGGAAUUUCGAUGGGCAAGCUUGGCACAGACGUUGCCAAGGAGGCCGCAGACAUGAUUCUCACCGAUGAUGACUUCUCGACAAUCCUUCGAGCCAUUGAACAGGGCAAGGGCAUCUUCUAUAAUAUUCAAAACUUCAUCACCUUCCAGCUGAGUACCAGCGUGGCUGCGCUCAGUCUCGUACUCCUCAGCACGACCCUCGGCUUCAAGAAUCCACUGAAUGCCAUGCAAAUCCUGUGGAUCAACAUCCUCAUGGACGGACCCCCCGCCCAAUCCCUCGCGCGGGUCCUCACAAAACCCCUCAUCCAGCGAGUCCUCACCUCUGCCAUGAUAAUCAUGCUCGGCACGCUCGCAAUCUACAUCCACGAAAUGGGCGACAUCGACGACGGACAACCCCUCGGCAAACGGUCCCGCGUCGUCACAGCCCACGACACCACCAUGACAUUCACCUGCUUCGUGCUCUUCGACAUGUUCAACGCACUCACCUGCCGAAGCGAAGGCAAAUCCGUCCUCCGCGGCGAAAUCUCCCUCUUCGGCAACAAGAUGUUCAACUACGCCGUCCUGGGCUCUCUAGCCGGCCAGGCCUGCGUCAUCUACCUGCCCUUCCUGCAACGCGUUUUCCAAACCGAGCCACUAAGCUUUGGCUCGCUGUUCAAACUGCUUUGUCUUGCGAGCUCUGUCUUUUGGGUCGAUGAGGGACGCAAGUAUAUGCAUUAUCUCCGCCGUCAGCGAGGGCUGGGUGGAGGGUAUAGCGCAAAUGUCUGA